AUGGAGUACAUGGGAAGCAAUAUAACAUACAACAAAGACAUAUACAGUGAGUUUAAGUACUACUGUGAACAGCAUGAGAUUGAAGUAAUGAGUAAAGGAGACUUUGAAACGCUUAUGAAAGACAGUGAGGAGGUCGUUCAUGAGAACAAUGAUGAAAUAGUUCAUGAGAACAGUAAGGAGGUCGUUCAUGAGAACAGUGAUGAAAUAGUUCACGAUGUCGUUCGUGAAGAAGCCAUUGCAACAAAGAAUGAGAUAAAGGAUUUCAUAGAACUUAACAAGGAGGAGUUUAAAGAAGGCUAUGAAGUGAAAAGAUGUGAAGAAGAUUUCUUGGCGUAUUUGAAGAAAAAGAGACUAAAGCCAAUGGCUCAAAAUAAGUUUCAAUCGAUGUUUGAAAAGAAACGUUUGAGCUAUGGUGGUGUAAGAAGCACAUAUUACUUUGUUAAGAAGUGA